AUUAAGCUUCUAGAUCAAUGCUUCCUCUAAGAAAGCUUACCUAUAUACAAGCAAUAUAGCAACCGAGCCUCAACCGGAGUAGUGUAACUGCAUCCAACUUCACGCAUAUUCGAACAAUUAAACAAUGAUAAAUGUGACAAUUACAACAUUUGAGGUCGCAACCAUUCUUGGUGUAACGUAUGAUGAUUUUUAUACUUAUAGAAAACCCGAGUCACCUCCAGUAUGAUGAUAGGUAUCUUAGGUAAGUAAUGCAUGUUUCAAAGAAAGCUGGAGCUUAGAUCCUACAGCGAUAACUACCCCGCUCUCGGUAGUUUAAUAUACUGCAUGAGCGAGGGGGCCGCGGGUGGUAACUUGAUUCUCCUCCUUUGAAGAUCCGGAGGUUGGAGAAAGACAAUGUCAAUUCCCGAUGCGGCCGUGUAUCUUACGUUACGACAUAACAUGGCUGCUUUGAGGGGGCUGUCUGGUAUAGUAAGAUCGGUGCCACUUAUAUCUCGGUGUGCUGUUUCCGCGAACCGGACCUUGUUGUUGAGUUCUGGGAAAUUUAAUCUUAACUUUUGUUAUAAUAUUCAAUCGCUGAAAAGACUAUAUUCGAAAAUGCUGCAAGGAUGUGUAGUGAAAAAUGCCUUUCUUAAGAAUGAAACCCCUAGUAUAGGGGUUUGGCAAACGUUGCCGGGUCAGAAUGUCUCGAGGGUGCUAGCACGCGCAGGCGUGGAUUGGGUGAUGGUAGAUUGUGAACAUGGAAAUAUUGACGAUGCCGCAAUGCACGAGGCCGUUCCAACUAUCGCCAGUUGCGGUGUCAGUCCCCUCGUGAGAAUGCCCGAUAUGCAGGGUUGGAUGAUUAAGCGGGCACUGGAUGCUGGAGCACACGGCGUUCUAAUCCCACUGCUUCGUUCUGUGGAAGAGGCCAAGAAAGUUGUCGCCGCCGCCAAAUUCCCACCCCAAGGCCAACGCGGAUUAGGAUCUCCGUUCGCCAUGGAGCGAUUCAACCCAGCUCCAUCCAUGACAGAAUAUCUGCAGCAUGCCAACGACUCGCUCCUAACGAUGGUGCAAAUAGAGACGCAAGAAGCGCUCGAUGUCGUCGAAGAAAUAGCCGCCAUCCCUGGCAUCGACGUGCUCUUCAUAGGACUAUUUGACUUGGGGAAUAACAUCGGCCAUCCUAUAUUAGACGGAGUCAUCAAGCCUGAGCUCCAGCAAGCCAUGGAACGGAUCCUGGAAGCGACGAACAAGGCGGGUAAAAAGUGCGGUUUCUUCGCUACGAGCGGAGAGCAGGCUAAGGAGUAUGCGGAUAAGGGAUUCCACAUGAUUAGCGCGGCGCUCGACACGACGCUGUUGCAGGCUUCGCUAGGCGUGUCGUUGAGUGCCGCUCGAGGGCAACAAGCGCCGAAGGCUGGCGGUAGAUAUUAAGAACAUCUAAAUGAUAAAGGAGUGGGGGAACUAGCAUUUCUCUGUCCCUACUCAUGGAGGGCAGCGAAAGGAUAUACUCGUAUCUAUAUGUCUAUAUGAGAUAAUAAGCGAUGUCAUAUAAUAGACCAUUUUAAUUAAGCUUUCUCGGCUAGAUCCAUCUUAUCUUUUACCUGGUCGAUGGUAAAUCGAUGCAUGAGUUUAAUGGAUUUCGACGCUGACUGUGGGUGUUCUUCCGGAGCUGAAGACUUGCUGAUGUGUAUCACAGGGACGUCAAACUCAUAUAGAUCUCGCCAACUAGGCUUGGAUUCUGAUUUGAUGAUAUCGAUCUCCUUGAACUGGAAAGGCCGGGUGUCCCAGACGUCAGAGAGAACUGACCUAGCCGUGGUACAAAGCCCGCAGUUUUCACGCGUGAACAGCGUGAUCCUACAGGCUUGAAGCAAUCGAGAAGUAGCUCUCAUUUUGGCAUUUGAAGCUUUACAUAGAAAGACAGAGGGUUAUUAAUUCCUAGAGAAAUGAUCCUCAUGUAAAAUCAUAAUUAAUUUAGUCGUAUGAGUUGCGUAUAAAUCGU